GUCCAAUAUGUCCUCGUGCCAAUUCCGCGUGGUGGUGUUGACGGAUCGUGCUGAAUACGACAGCACCAGCCUUGCCGAUCUUGUGCUCUCCCGUCUGACGGUCUUUUCACGGGGCGCUACGUCAGUAAGCGCACGUGACUGUACUUUGAAGCGGCCCUGCCUUGCACCCGCGCCUCAUGGCCCUGUGGUCGACGGCUGAAGCACCUUGGUCAUGCCAGUACUAGUCUGUGGCUGGAUGGCAUGGCCGUCCAGCCUGAUCAUGAACACCCCCUGAUGUUGCCGUGCGAUGCAUUUCAAAUGCCUGGCUCUAGGCAGUGGCCUGCAUGCGUCCUUCCAUGCGGCGGUCCACCACGCACCUUGUCGCCGUCUCCCGCAUGCUCAAGAUCUAAAUGCUCGUCCCGCGUUGACGCCCUCAGCCGCUGCUCUUCUUUACUGGCAAACGGCUCAAGAUGCGCCUCCUAUAUCUUGACCCCUCUGGCGAGCUGACCUUGACUAAAGAUGUGACGCCGCCGCCCGCCGCCUACGCCAUCCUGUCCCAUACGUGGGUCCCGAUGACGCUGAGGUCACCUUUGACGAUAUGGAAAAGAAGACGGAGAAGAGCAAGGCAGGAUACGCUAAACUGCGGUACUGCGCCAAUCAGGCGAGGAAAGAGGGACUGGAUUACUGUUGGGUUGACACCUGCUGCAUCAACAAACAAAGUAGUGCCGAGCUCAGUGAGGCUAUUAACUCGAUGUACAGAUGGUAUCGAGACGCAAAGGCUUGCUAUAUUUAUCUCAGUGACGUGGAAAAGGCAAACUGGAAGAAGAACAUCUCGAAAGCCAGAUGGUUCACGCGCGGUUGGACUCUCCAGGAGCUACUUGCCCCAGCGAAGGCCAUUUUCUACGACCGACGAUGGCAACGUCUAGGCACCAAACACACUCUGACUGGAGUAAUUGCCUCUGUCACCCAAAUACCUGCGACAGCUCUUAGAUCGACUAAUCUGAGAGGGUAUUCCAUCGCGCAGAAAAUGUCCUGGGCUGCCGAACGAGUUACAACCCGUGCUGAAGACAGUGUGUAUUGCUUGCUGGGCUUAUUUGAUGUUAAUAUGCCUCUCCUUUAUAGGGAAGGACUGCGCGCGUUCUUUCGAUUACAGGAAGAAAUCAUCAAGUACAACAACGACCAUUCCAUCUUUGCUUGGUCGAUGAACGACAUGAAGUUUUCUAGUCUGCUUGCUUCUAGUCCAGCUUACUUCUGUAAAUGCCAAUUCAUAUCAUUGGAAGAUUCUCUAAAUGGACGUGGACCUUUCGCGAUGACCAAUCAUGGCCUCUCAAUCGAUUUAAAAGUUACACCAUGGAUGGCCGAUACGUACCUUGCGUACCUCGACUGCGCAGAUCGAACUACACAGCUGGAGUCAGUACCUAUAGGCAUCUUUCUCCAGCGCCUUUCAGAAGACGAUUAA